AUGGCUAUUGUCAUUCUGUAUGCGGCGAGAAUCUUAGUUGGAAUGCCCAUCAAGAAAGGUGGGAGAGCUUUGAGAGAAAGCUCACUGGAAAGUCUUGUUUACACCAUUAAUGAGAGAUUUUCUUUUAUCAACAGAGCUUAUUCAACAACGGCGGAAAGCAGACAAAAAGAAGCUUCCGUCUUAUUGAAUCAUAUGAUUUCCCGGGUUGACCGAUCUAAAUGCCAACACCCCCAUCCAGGGCUAAUCAUAGCCUCUCAUACCUUCAAAGAGCCAUACUUCGCUUUUAGCGAUUUUGAUCAACUCAGUCUGGCUAUCAUGGAUCUCUUACUCCGGGGUGCUUACCCUUACUUAUCGGGUUCGAAUUACGCUAAGUUCAAUGUUUUAUUUACAAUGUUUACCUCCGGCGGGACACCUACCACCUUUGCGGCUGGAUAUUUUGUUAUUGGAGUCACAAUCCGAGUCUUUUUGGAGACUAAAUUAAAGGAGGCGCAGUACCUCUCUGCCGAGGUUAGGGAAAAGAUCCUUAUCGAAAGCCUUCUUAAAGGUUCGAUAUUAACGGAUAUCAAGCCAAGAAAGGCAAAAGUUCUCCGAUAUCGGAAGCGUAAUUAUCCAACCCAUAUCACAGCACUGAAAUCUGGUUCAACUAGGCUGAAACCCUUCCUGGUUGCCGAUACCGAGACUAUACUAAUAGAUGUCAAGUCCACUCCCGAUCCCGAGACCGGUGAGGAGGAUGUGACCAAAGUUCAUUUUCCUUAUGCUGCAGAUGUCUUGCUGAAUCCUUCGAUUCAAACUGUAUACUUCCAUAACUUCUCACGAUUCGAUGGAAUUUUCUUGGUGAAGCACCUAGCGUUACAUCAUUCCAAUUUUAGGCUAAAACCUCUGGUGAGGAACCACAAAAUCUACGAGAUAGCCGUCUAUACAGGUAAUAGACUCUUAUUCCGCAGGAGAGACUCCUUGCAUCUACUCCCUGGCAAGCUGGAUGUCCUAGCUAAGAAUCUAUGCAAGGGAAUUGGCGGGAAAGGCUCUAUCGCCUAUGACGAGGUAAGCCUUGAAAAUCUUCUUAUUAAGAAAAAAGAGUAUAUCGAAUAUAUGAAAAAUGACAUUUAUCUCCUUGGUGAGGUAGUGCAAAAAGCCCAAGAGUUAUAUUGGAAGAACUACAAGAUCGACAUAGAAUGCAAGGUAACUCUUUCUUCAGUGGCUCUAACCAUCUUUCGUAUGAAGUACUACGACGUUAACUCCCUCUAUCCUUAUGUAAUGCAUGAUUUUCCGAUGCCUGGAGGUGAGCCUGAGUGGCAUGGAAAUCUGGGUGAUAAGGACUUAGAUAGCCUCUUUGGCUUUAUUGAGGCAUAUGUGGAAUGCCCCGAGACUAUAAAGAGACCCUUCCUUCCCUUUCGGGAUAAAAAAAGGGGUCUUAUCUUUCCAACGGGGUCUUUUUUUGGUGUCUACUAUAGUGAGGAGUUAAAGUAUGCAAGAGACAUAGGCUACACUGUGAUCCCGCUCUCAGGCUACCUCUUCCAGAAGAAGGAAAGCCCGUUCAAGGACUAUGUUAGCACUCUUUAUAAUAGCAGAUUAAAGGCUAAGAAGGAAGGAAAUGACGCCCUUGCCUUUCUGUAUAAGAACCUUUUGAAUUCGCUGUACGGAAGGUUUGGAAUUCACCCUAAAAGCACGAUAACCUUGAUCUGCGAUGACAAUAAAUAUAACAUAUUUAUGAAGAAGGAUUCAUUUAUAGACGGUCAUAAGCUUAAAGAAAACAAUUGGGUGUUAUGGUACCAUAACAAUAUGGAGGAGGGCGAGGAUCGGUGGGAUCCACCGCAGAACUCAGCAGUUUAUUUAGCUGCUGCUAUCACCGCCAGUGCUAGGAUCUAUAUGUAUCCUUUCAUUUCAAGAGAAGACUGCUACUACACGGACACAGACUCCGUUGUUCUAGGCAGUCCUCUUCCUCCUGAGUUAAUCUCAGGCACUAUACUAGGUAAGUUUAAGUUGGAGGAAAGGGUAGAAAAAGGAAUGUUUGUAGCACCGAAAACAUAUUACUUGAAAACAGUGGACGAGCAUAAUGUGAUUAAAUUCAAGGGACCGGCUAAAACCAUGAUCCAUCCAGAAUGGUUUGAGAAGCAGUACGCUGACCCUUCUCUUAAGACACUGGUAGAAGUGAAAUCGAACUUCAAGGUUAAGUUGUCCACACUCGAAGUCACCUCGACUAAGAAUAGUUACAUUCUCCGGUUGUCCCUGGACCCCAAGAGGGUACGAUUAUUUGAAACCGAAAGUGGAGCCUGGGCGGAUACGAUGCCAUUACAUAUAAAUGACUUGUCUGGCCUAGAUCACAUGGGAAAACGAAGAAUUGCGUCACUAAGGAAUAAAAUAAGUGAACUGCAGGUCUAUAAUUCUAUUCUAGAAGAAAAAUUCUUUCAGAAGGGAAGUGAGGUAGAGAACAAAGAAGAUGGGGAUAUUCUAAAGAAUUUAGAGAUAGAGACCUGUCUUACUGAAGACAGAACGAUAUUAGAUCGCGAAGAAAAAAGGGAGGGAACUAACCAUACAUUAGAAGAGAGCACUAAGACAGACGAGAAGAAACCAGAUACCUAA